GCUAGGCAUACGAAAUGAGAAUUGAAAUGAGCAUGAUUUCAUGUACAUACUAGGAAUUCCCAUUCAUGAUCCAGCUCAACCUGCCAAGGUGGCAGAAGUAACCAAUAUUCGUACUAGCCAUUUAACUCUGAUCAUCGGUGGGAACUUGAGAGGUGAAGCUAUCAAGCUACAAUUGUAGAUCUUCUGUGGAACGGUGGACUAAUUUCCAUAGUUGGCCAAAAACGAUCCACAUCCUAAGCAAGCAAAUAAGAAGUCACGGCAUUCAUAUUUGAUAAGCAAAUUAGUUUUCCAUAUUUCUACCUAACUACUAAGUAGUUUCCAAGCGGAAAUGAUAUCAAGGCGAACUAGUUGUUCGAAUUUUCUCUCAAAUAGUGAUCCACUUCCUUGCUUAUGGAGAAUCUACUGAGCUAAUAACCCCAUCACUAAACUCAAAUCAUCCGACUUUGAAAGUUGUCUAUAGUCUAAAUCAUUCGAUCGUCUCUCUCGAUGUCAUCCUCGUGCAGCUAGUAUAGCUUACUAUGCACGACUUAGUAUAUGCUUCGAGUACUCGCCAUAAAUAAGAAGCUUGCCUCUCCUUCUAUUUUACUUCUCUUCACGGUUGUAUUUCAAAAACCCCCAUUUCAUUAUGGUUUCUACUACAAACUUCGAUCGAAAGGAGCAGUCCGAAGACAAGGUUUCCUCUUCACAACAUCUCGAGCGAGCAACUGACGCCGAACGUCUUGCAGCCACAAACAGAGCCUUAAACGAUCCUUUAGCAUCCUAUGAUGAGAACGAAUUAGAAGUGCUUGCCGAGGCUUACGCUCGAAAACAUGGGCUCAAUGACUCUGUCAAUAUUUCCGCAUUCAAGGCCGGAGCAUUACUUGCAAAAGAUUCAGGCAGUUUUCGAGCCAGGAACGAACUUUCCAGGACCGAGAUAGAUUAUCUGGAAAAAGAAAGAACAAGUAAAUGGUCUCUGCCAUCGCUUUUCAUCAAAGUAAUUUUGCUUUGUUCAGUUUGCGCAGCCGUUCAAGGAGUAGACGAGAGCGUAGUAAAUGGAGCGCAAAUAUUCUACGCCCGUUUGUUUGGAAUUGAUGAUGAGAACAGUUCCUUAGACCCAUGGCUAUUAGGUAUCACAAAUGGUGCCCCAUAUCUCGGUUGUGCAAUUGCUGGCUGCUGGCUGACUGUUCCUUUUAACAAUUGGUGGGGGCGUAGAGGCACCAUCUUCGUCACUUGUUUGGUCUCUGCACUAACCUGCUUCUGGCAGGCAUUCACCAACACCUGGUGGCACAUGUUUAUUGCUAGGUUCAUGCUCGGAAUAGGUAUUGGUGCAAAGUCAGCCACUGUACCCGUAUAUGCCUGUGAGACCUCUCCAGCAUCAAUCCGUGGCGCUAUGGCAAUGCAAUGGCAAGUAUUUACUGCUUUUGGUAUUAUGUUAGGCUUUGCAUUUGAUCUAGCCUUCUACUAUGUUCCCGAUACCGCAUCUAAUAUCCAUGGACUUAAUUGGAGACUGAUGAUGGGAUCUGCCGGAGUUCCUGCUCUCUUCGUUUGUUUCUUUGUUUUCUAUUGCCCUGAGUCGCCUCGCUGGUACAUGGGUAAAGGGAGACACCAAGAAGCAUAUCAAGCAAUGUGCAGAAUCAGACACACCAAGGUCCAGGCAGCACGUGAUGUCUUCCAGAUGCACAUGCUUCUCGAAGCUGAGAAUAACAUGGGUUCUGGACAAAAUCAUAUCAAGCAAUUGUUCACAGUGCCUCGGAUUAGAAGAGCAAUGGUUGCGUCAGAGAUCACAAUGUUUAUGCAGCAGUUCUGUGGUAUCAACGUGAUUGCCUAUUAUUCAUCCGUAAUUUUCGUUGACGCUGGCUUUUCGGAAGUCAAUGCUCUAUGUGCGUCCUUGGGUUUCGGCAUGCUUAACUUCCUCGGAGCGCUUCCUGCAGUUUGGACAAUCGACAAGUUCGGUCGACGAUGGCUUCUACUGUUUACCUUCCCGCUUAUGUCAGCCUUUCUGUUCAUGACCGGCUGGAGCUUCCUAAUUCCCGAGGGAACUACUCGCAUUGCCAUCGUAGCUCUAGGCAUCUAUCUCUUUUGUUUGGCCUACAGCCCGGGAGCCGGGCCUGUUCCAUUUACAUACUCCGCAGAGGCCUAUCCUCUCCAUGUUCGUUCACUAGGAAUGUCCUUGGCAACUGCAACCACCUGGUUCUUUAACUUUGUCCUCGCCAUUACAUGGCCAUCAAUGCUGAGAGCAUUCAAGGCCCAAGGCGCUUUCUCUUUCUACGCCGGUUUCAACGUUGUUGGCUUCUUUCUUACCCUCCUCUUCGUCCCAGAGACUAAAAAUAAAACACUGGAAGAAUUGGACCAAGUUUUCAACGUCCCUACGAGAAAGCACGCCGCAUAUGGAUGGAGUCAAUUUACUUACCCUAUCAGGCGACAUGUCUUAAGAAUGGAUGUUGAGAGGCCAAAAUUAUAUGAGAACUUGGCCCAGGAAAACAAUCAUCAUUACAGUGCUACCUCCUCUAUGAGGGCUGGAGACAGGGGCGACAAUGUUGAAAAGCACGCUUGAUUGAGAUAUCUUAGUGCAUUCAUCUUAAUCAAUCAUCCAAAUGAGUUAGAAAUUUUGAAUAAGUUAGAAUAACCAAAGUUCUUGGAGGAUUUAAAUGAACUCAACCUGGUUGGAUGAUUUAGAUGGUUUUAUCUCGAAAACUCCACUCAUCUAUACAAUCUAAACUUUGGGAAACUUUGUACAUAGAAAUUGUAGCUAAAGCCAAUAAUUAAUUAUUGAU